AUGGAGAUUCCAGACAGUGACGAGGAGGAAGAAGAGCUUCUUCCAGAUACGGUCCAGGAUGAAGAUCCUGAACUUCGAAACCAACAUAUUUCAUCGCCUGUCCAAUUUGUCGAGCGCAUCUUCUUUCAACUCAACAAAAUAUCAUCGACACCGCAUCAGCACCACAACCACCACUGCCAGCAUGACCAGCAGCAAAACCCCUUUUCUACCAUCUCAAACACCCAGGCCUCCCAGGUCAGGCCAUUAAUGCUAGCAUUGCACUGUCUCUUCCCCAACGAACUACUCCUUGCACUCGACAUCCUAGACCGAGGCCUCGUGAGACGCCUGGUAAGAGGGAACCAAGAAAAAUCAUGCGAUCUUGAAGUUGACACGCCUUUCCCCUUCUCAUCUUUUCCCCACGGGCUAUCUUCGUCUCAAGCCCCGUUUAUGGUAAAUUCCGGCAAGGAGCCAGUCGAGGAUGUGUUCCUUGUCAUAUCUGCGUCUUCUUCUGCUUCCAUUUUUACGUCUACAGCUACUCGCCACGAAGGGGUAAAAGGGUACGAAGUUCGUCUGAGUGCAUGGAAUUGCACGUGUCCAACUUUUAUUCUUUCUGCGUUUCGAGGAGAGGCGUCUUCCAAUGAGAAUUACCAUCAUGAUCAAAGUGAUGACGACUAUACGUAUGGGAAUUCUGCGAGUGUCGCUGGACAAGGAUGCACUAGAACCUAUCGCUUUGGAGGAACUUUGACUCAUGGUCCUACUAAAUUGUCUCCGCCCAGUUGUAAACAUCUAAUGGCCUGUUUUAUACUCGCUCGCUGUCCGAAUUUGUUUGGAAUAGGAGAAGGCGCAGAAUCAUACCGCGUCAGUGCAAAAGAACUGGCAGGCUGGUGCGGCGGUUGGGGUGGGUGA